AUGAUAAAUAAUAUAAACAUUGCCAAUAAUUUUAAUUAUUUACUAUUAAUUAAAAGAAAUAAGAUAUUAUGUACACGAGGAACUAUCUCCCGUAGGACCUGGUAUCCUCGAGUGGAUAGUAAGAAGAUAAGCGUAGUUUUACUCAAGGAUUCCGAAGGUUUGGGCAAAUCAGGGGAAAUCGUAACUACUUCCAGAGGUUUUGCUAAUUAUCAUCUUUUUCCAAAUGGCAUCGCAGCUUACGCGAACUGGUAUAACAUUGAUCUUUACUGCACUAAGGAUCCAGAUCAUACUACACACUCAACUAAACGAGAUGUAAUAACGGCCGAAUUUUCAUCAAAGGAUGUUAAGCCUGAAUAUAUAUUAUUCAGCAGUCGUUUUAGAAAGUUUGAUGUUAAUUUUGAUGUUAGAACUUUUGCUUCUGAUACCACAAGACUAUGUUCACCAAUAUCAAUAUACCAAAUUCUCGAUGAAUUCUCCAAUAAAUAUACCAUUGAUGUAAUUCCAUCCCAGAUAAAAGAAAUAAGGUGUAAGGAUACCGGCUCAGUCAUUGAUCUCUUUGAUUCUUUCGAAUACUUGUCCUUUAGUACCGUUGGUACCUUCGAAAUUACCAUCAAAUUUCCUCUGACAGACGACCCUGAUAAUUCUAUAAUAUUUACCCUUUCCAUUAAUUCUCUGGAUUACUCGUAA